AUGCCCCUCGCCCCCGCCUCGCCCUCUCGCCUCUCCACCUCCCCCUCUCGUCGCAUCUACAGCCUCGCCCUCGCCGUCCGCCUCGCCAACGCGUGCCUCUCGCGCGCCUUCUUCCAGCCCGACGAAUACUGGCAGGCCCUCGAACCGGCGCACCGCUGGAUGUGGGGCUUCGGGUGGGCGACCUGGGAGUGGCGCGUCGAGCCGCAUGGCGAACAGGGCGCAGCUGGGAGUGGGGCUUGGUGGGACACGGUGCUGCAGGGAGGACGGGGCGGGAUCAGGAGCCCGCUGGCGGUGCUCCCGACGGCGGCGGCGUACGCCGUCCUCAAGGCGGCAGGGCUUGACAGCCCGGCCAUGCUCGCUCUCGCACCGCGACUCGUGCAGGCGUGUAUCGCCGCCUCGACCGAUCUCGCCGUCGCUCGACUCGCACGGCGCACGCUCGGGCCGAGCUACGUCAACGCAGCGCUCUUUGCCUCGCUGUCGUCCUUCUUCAACCUGCACACGGCGACUCGCACGCUCAGCAACUCGACCGAGACGGCCCUCACGGCAUGGGCGUGGGUGUACUGGCCGUGGGAGUGGGUCGAGCGCCGCGAGGGCGAGAGCGAGGGCAAGGCGGUUGAGCGGCGGGGCGAUACGGCGCAUGAGCGUCCUCAACAUUCCUCUCUUCCUGUCGCGCUCGCAUUCGCCGCGCUUGCGACCAUCAUGCGCCCGUCCAACGCCGUCAUCUGGCUCUUUCUCGGCGGGCACCUCUUCUUCUCGUCAAGCGGCGCGCGCCGACUCGCCAUCCUACGCUCAGUCAUCGUCAUCGGCCUCGUCGCCACCAUUUCGUCCUUCGCCCUCGACUCGACCUUCUACGGCACGCCGACGUUCACGCCCUUGCGCUUCCUCGACGUCAACGUCACGCGGUCCAUCUCGAUCUUCUACGGCGUACACUCCGCCCACUUCUACCUGUCGCAGGGCAUCCCGCUCCUCCUCGCGACCCAACUGCCCUUCUUCCUCGACGGCGCCCUGCGCCUCGUCCGCUCCUCGACCCCGAUACGGUCGACCGUCGCGCUCAACAGCCUCGCGUGCGCGACGGCGGGCACGAUCGCCGUCUACUCGCUCCUCCCGCACAAGGAGUGGCGGUUCCUCCACCCGCUCCUCCCGGCCAUGCACCUCCUCGUCGCCCUCUCGCUCGUCCAGCGCGGCCCUCACCCACCUUCCUCGGCGUCGAGUACUGCCGCCUUGAGCCGCCUGUGCCGCACGACGCUCGGCAUCCGCCCCUCGCACGCCCUCGUCGUCCUCGCCUCCGUCCCGCCAGCCAUCUACCUUACGGCCUUCCACGGCCUCGGCCAGGCCCUCGUCCCGGCGCACCUCCACGCGACCGACCCGCCGACGAGGAGCGUCGGGUUCGUCAUGCCGUGCCACUCGACGGCGUGGCAGGCGGGCAUGCAUGCGCCGUGGCUCGAGAACGGGGCCGAGGGCGAGGGCGAGGGCGAUAGAGCGUGGUUUUUGACUUGCGAGCCGCCGGUCCUCGGCCAAGACCCUCGCACCUACCUCGACCAGUCCGACUUUUUCUACGCCUCGCCCUGCGCGUACCUCGACUCGCGCUUCCCUCGCGCCGUCGACCCGUCGUUCCCGCCCUCGCCGCCGCCGCCGCUCCCCGUCCGUCCUCGCCCCUUCCUCUCGACCUCGACCUCGACCUCGACGAGCGCGCACGCCAACCUCGACCUCGACCUCGACCUCGACCUCGGGUGGCGCCACGCGUGGCCCGAGCGCAUCGUCCUCUUCUCGUCGCUGCUCGACGUCGCGUGCGACGCCGGCGGUGGUGGUCGCGAGGAGGGAAAGGGCGGUUGGGCGCCGAGGACGGUGGGCGCCCUGCUGAGCGAGCGAGGGUACGUCGAGGAGCGGCGGCUGUGGAACACGAUCGGCGGGUGGCACGAGGACGAGAGGAGGAGGGGCGACGUGAGGGUGCUGGUGUGGCGGGGCGGGGCGGAGGAGGAGGAAGGGGUGCGAGGCGACGAGGGCGAGAGGCGGAUGACGGGGCCGGCGCCGGCCCGGGACGAGCUGUAGCACGACGUCGCAAUGCUGCUGCGCCGACCGCGAU